UUGCCCUUCAAACAACAUGGAUAGUUUACGUUCUUAGAUGAUUUUUCAUUCGAGAGUCUAGUUUUGCGUUCUGGGCUAGUUGGUUGUAUCGAUAAUCGUGAUUAGUGUAUGAAUAUUGAUUAACCGGCUUUAAUAUAUGGUCAACAUAACUCAUAAUGAGUUAAUACUGUGAUUCAAUUAAUAGUCUGUGGCUUUACAGACGCGCAAAGCGUAGCUGUAACUGUACAUGGACGGAUCCAGUGACAAUAAAAUGCCUUUUGUUAAUAUCAAAAAGCAAUAUUUAGCAAUCGGGAUGUUAGUUUUUGUAGCUUUAUUUUUCUUCAAUAGCCGUCCGGCUUUUCAAUGUCAAAUAACACCCGAAGUGAAUACGUAUUUACCGACGAUUUACGGUAUCACCCCAACUUAUGCUCGACUGGCACAAAAGGCUGAUCUCACAAGAUUAUCACAAACUUUAAUGCUAGUGAGAAACUUCCAUUGGAUUGUUAUUGAGGACUCUGAGACCAAAACAAAGCUAGUUGAAAAUCUUCUAAAGGAAUCCACACUCAAAUAUACACAUCUCAAUGUAAAAACUCAAAAGUCCAAGCAUUCAACCGCCAGCGGUGUGGAGCAGCGAAAUGUGGCCCUGAAUUGGAUUAGAGACCAUUUACGUAAAUCUGAAGAUAAGAAAGGUGUUGUGUAUUUUAUGGAUGAUGAUAAUACCUAUGCUCUUAAAGUUUUUGAAGAGAUGCGAAAAAUAAAGAAAGUUGGCGUGUGGCCGGUGGGUAUAGUGGGAGGGAUGAGGGUGGAAAUGCCUCUAGUCACCAACGGAAAGGUCUCUGGUUACAACGCAGUGUGGAAACCGUUCAGACCCUUUCCCAUUGAUAUGGCUGGAUUCGCUAUCAACGCGACACUGUUCCUGGACCACCCGGAAGCGAAGUUCUCUAGGAAAGUCCAGUCCGGAUUUCAGGAAAGCGAGAUUUUGAAGUACGUAACAACAAAGGAUGAGCUCGAACCGCUCGCAGACAACUGCACCAAAGUGUACGUAUGGCACACACGCACGCAGAAACCAUCCAUUUUGAACCCGAAGAAACUCAAGAACCCGCCGUUGCCUGACGACCAUAUUGAGGUUUGAACUCGUCUCUCGAAUCCUCAUGGUUAACAAUCACCGUUUGACGGUAUUCUAACAUUAUAUCAAUGUUUGACACAUCGAGGUUUUAACGCAAAUGUGCGUUUUGUAUACCUUAAUCAUUCGAUCGCGUAAAUAUCCACUCGGAAUAAGUUAAGACAUGUCUAAUUACGUCAAGUAUUACAAUCAGGCAUCUGUUAGAAUGUCUAUGUUUAAUAUAUUGGUUAAUGAACAACGUAUGUUUUAGUCAUUAUUAUAGUUUUUUGUGUCCAUUUUACACAUUUUAAUCAUUGCCACAUGAAAUUUGUACGAGCAAAACAUUUAUUCGAUGGAGGAAAUUGUAUUUGAAAAUACACAUUCCAAAGCAAUAUUUUAUCAAACGUUCAUUGGUUGAAGUGAUUGUAUCAAGGCUUAACAAUUAAAUGAUAAAUGUGUAGUAAUCUUAGUUGCAGUGAAUAUUCAAUAAUAAUUAAUAUAAAGAACUUUAAACAUCUUUAAAGUUUAAGGAUACUCAUAAUUCGAUCAAACAAUAAAGUCAUAUAGCAAACGUACUAUUGCUACUUAAAUACGUAGAAUAGAUUUUAAAAUGUAAAUUUGCCAAUAAGUUAAGAUUGAUGCAAUAAUUGAUAGAAAAUAAUUGUUUAAAAAUAAUCCAAUUCGAAAUUAAAGAUCAGUAUUAUAGUUGAUUUGGCCGAUAGGAUUUAUAUACCUAAUAAUAAAUAAAUUAAAAAUAAAUGUUUUAAAUUCGCGGGCUAAUUCGUAAAAUAUGAAUUUUAAUAUUAAUAACUACUGAUGCAUAAUUAUAUUUUAUAAAAUCAUCAGCAAUAUUAAACACAGCUAAAUCAUAAAAAAAAAUGUCGUAUAUGAUUUUAGUAUAUUUUUUUAUUUCCUGACUUUAUUUUAAUCCAGUAUUAUUUUAUUUUUUAUCCUUUUUACAAAAAUGCUAUGCGAAUUUGAUACUUGUUAACAAAUACAAUUUCAAUUUAUUUUUGAAAUUAAAUACUAUAACGGAUUUUAAUGAGGUUUCAUCAACGCAAGAUAAUCCAAAAGUGCUUGACUCAUAAUGAUCAUUCGUUCGAGAAAAUAUUUGUUUAAUAUAGUUCUAUGUGAUUAUAUAUUAAACGACACAAAAUCAGAUAAACACGUUCUGACUAACUGAUACGACUUUUUUCAUAAUUUCUCUUAGAUUUCUCCGGUUCUGUUAUUGAUUUUUGCCAAGGACGGAAUUGAUCUCCAUUGAAUUAUAUAUAUAAAUUAGUAAAGUAAAGAUUCAGAAGUUUAUGUGGGUUGACAAUCGAGUAAUAAAUUAAUUAGUUGCUGAAUCAGGUCUUAACAGUUUUUCAACGACUCAUAACGCAAAACGAGAGUGCUCUACUCUCGUUUUGCGUUAUGAGUCGUUCAGUAUUUCUGUGUUCGGGGUUAGAUUAAUUAUAAUAUUCAAUAAAUCCGUUAUAAUGUAUUUAAUUCCAAAUUUAAUAAUAUAAUACUUGCGUGAAAUCAAACACGCGAAAAUACUAUAUCGAUUUAGUUUUUAGGAGGAGGAUUUUUAGUAUUUUUAUACACAACUGCGCAAUUACAAAUCUUAGUGCUAUAUAACGCUAGUCUAAUUUCACAUAAAUUUUAUUAUUCUAGGUUGAUUUAUUUACCUAAUUUAUUUUUUAUUUGCUCAUUUAUGUUCUGUAUCUUAUGUUGAUACAACAAUUUUUAAUAAAAAAUUAUUAAUAAAAUUUAAUAAGAUACUUGACUAUAAGGUAAAAUAGUAAGGUAAAAAAGUAUAUGAUUCAAUCAUUGAUAUAAAAACUCUUAAAUUCAAAAUGUGUAGAUAUGUAACUUGAUUUUAUGUAGAUUUUAUAUAUUUAUUUGAUUCAGACUUAACUUCCAUAUUUCGUUCGUUUAAUGUUGCCAUUUAAUUACGAAUGAAUAUUAACCGUUUACAUCAGCAUAUUAAAUAAUCAUUCACGUUUUUUUUUAAAUAGUCAAGUAUCUUGUUAGUAAUUAUGGGUGUCGGAACAAUAUUUAUUUCGCUAUUCUUUAUUUAUCUGUUUUGAUCUAACGCUUAAAACGGAUAAAUGAAUUUAUUUAAUUUUGUUCUUUAUUUAAUAAUCAUUAUGUGUCUAUACUCUAUAUAAGUUAGCGUAGUGGCCUAACUUUCAUUAGAACAAUAUCAAAUAACGAAUGACUAUGAGUGUAUUAAUUUUAGUUUCAAUUUUGUAUUUAUCGUAGAACAACUGGAUAGGUAUCUUACGCACAAAUUAAUGAAAAUAGUUGGAGUUCCUCGUGAAUGUAGAAUAUAGUAAAAUGAAAAGUUUAGUGAUAACAUUGUUCUAUAAUCAAAUAUUGUUUUCAAACGAUUGUGAUAAUACAAGAGAUGAUCAUUUUUAAUACAGCUGGUUCGUCUUUGUGUCUUGGUUAUUCAAUUAUCUGUCAUGAUAGUGACAUGAUCAUAAAUACUUUGUCUUCUUACAUUUGAAAUUGAACAUUUUUCAAUAAUAACAAGAAACAAUUAAUUGAAGAAAGAAAUGAAAGAAAUAACAUUUCUAAAAUUGUAUCGGAAAGCUAACAAACAUGGUACAUCACAAGAACAUAUACCUUUUUUGAGAUAUCAGUUAUACUAUAUAAUAAUAAAGUCAUAAUAUUAUAUCAUGUCAUUCGUUAACUAUAUUAUGCUGGUUACAAAGCAGGUUUAUGUAAAUAAACGCUUUUAAAAAACCGACGUACUGUUUUUGGUACUUUUAAUUAUGUAUUUAAACUUUUGAUUAUAAAAAAAAAUUUAAAUGUAUGAAACCAUAGAAUUAUAAUUCAGUGCAUAAUAUCUAGUUUUUAGAAUGUCAUGCUCAAAGUGUCGGUCUAAUACUUUCGUCCUUGACAUGUAAUUUUUGUACUUAUAAUAAUUUAUAUAGUUAAUUUUGGAUUCUGUGAAUUCUUAUUUCCAGUGAUUUGAUGUACGGAAUGUUGUUUUUGUAUAUGGAUGAUAUUUUAUUCUAUUACUUUCCAGUUUUUAGCUUUAAGUAAGUCUUGGUAUUUGUAAAAUUAUGAAAAAAAUAAUAUAAAAUGAUUUUAAUGUAUUUUGGUUUUCAUUUAUAGGCAAGCAUUAAGAAGUGAAAAAGUUUUUUUUAUAUUAUGUAUGUCAGUAUAAUUUUUGUUAAUCGAGAAAUUUGUCAUUUAUAACCUCACUUUUGCUUGUCAAACUAAAAUUAAACUCGUUUAUGCAUUUUGAGGGUUUUAUAACAUACACGUAGCAUUUAUGUAUUUUUAUAAUUUAUUAUAUCUCAACAGAGCAAUAAUUUGAGAACUAUAAUUAUUGGUGUGUGUAAAUUUCCUCACUAAAUAUUAUGUAGGAAGUUUAAUAGAGAUUGUAUCUGUAUUCUAUUUAAUUAAUUGGUACAGAUUAUAUAUUUACAAUAAGUGUUUUUGUUUCUUCAUUUAUGUUGACAUUAAUACGCGAUUAUUACAUAAAUAUCAAGACAACUUAAUAAUUAUUAUGGUUCAGAAUUUAUGUAGUUGUUUGAAUAUUUGUACAUGUAUAUGCGAGAUUGUAUGUGUGCGUAACAAGCACAUUUAUUACGUAAAAUGUCUUAGAUUUACGCGCACUAUGACACGCAUUGCCGUAUAUUGAAAGAGUAAAACGGACUGUUUGCUGCCCUAAUAGAGAAAUUAAUUAUUAUCCAUAGUAUUUAAUGUAUUACCCUAUGUAUGAUUUUACAAUACGUAAAUAAAUUAUUCCUGUGAA